CAGAAGGACAUCACUCGCUGUGAGGGACGGACGGACGCUCAGCUGGGGCUCUGCCUGACGGCCGGCGGCUUCUCCUCCUGCUAAUUUUGUUACAGAUGAACUUAGCUCUGAUCCACGACCGUCUGUACAUCAAGUCGUUCUGGGAGAACCGGAUCAGCGCCGAUAACCAGAAUGCUGAGAGCGAAGAGAACAGGAUGAACAAGAGCGCCCUGAAAAAGCUGAGGGGGGAAUGGGUCGUCCGUCUGGAGAACCGGAACAAACACCUGAAGAAGCUCAACGACGGCUUCGUCCGGAAGGCGAAGACGGAGAAGUCAGCUGACCAGACAUGAGCCAAUCAGAGGGCAGCAGGAGCGACGGACGAGUUUCAGUGUUUAGACUCAUAAAAUGUUUAUGAAUAAAAUAUUUGGUUCUGAUU